AUGCCCAGAAGCGGAUCCCUCAAGCCGAAGAAAACCACUAGCGUGAAACAAGUUGAGGCAACAUCGACCGACGACAAGAAGGUGCCGGCGGUGGGCAAGGUGGUCAUCAUCUCCCCCAGUGAUGGCGUGACCCAGGUGAAGACAUUGGACGCCCUAAAGGUGUCCAGAGAGCUGCAGGCGGUCACGCCAGAAGGCAUAAGUAAAGUACGCCUCAACCUUCGCCUCAACCUACUGGCCGUGGACACAAACGCCAUUGAGGCCACUGCCAAGCUGCUCACCCUGAAGACGCUGUGUAGUGUGCCCGUGCAGGUGCGCGAGCCACACGGCUCGUACGGCAGCGUGGGCGUGGUGUACGGCAUCCCUCCCGGCGUCACCGAGAGACAGCUAGAGGCGUCCAUCCGUUCCAGGGCGCCCAUCGUUGCGGUGCGCAUUCCUCGGCCUCCCGGUGGGCCGGCGGUGCUCACGUUCGCUUCCUCUCGGCUGCCGCACAACGUGCUCGUGGGGCUCGUCGAGCAUCGGGUGCACCCGCACGUGGACCGACCUCCCCGCUGCCGCCGCUGCGGCCGCAUCGGCCACGUCCAAGUGGUCUGCUGCAGCCCGGCCACGUGCAGGAGAUGCGGUGGUGCACACGGCCGCGCACUCUGCCCGGCGUCCCGGCCGGCCUGCGUCAAUUGCGGCCAGGAGCAUGACCCGUGCUCUAACACGUGUCCCAAGUGGAAGGAGGCCCUCCGAAUCGCCAGGUACCGCAGCCUGAACAAGGUCGACUACGCGACAGCGAAGGCAGCUGUCGCGAGGCGGGCCCACAUAUUCCCACCCCUUAUGGCAUUAGCGCGCUCUCGUCCGCCCGCAAGUCACAGAGACGUGUACGUUCCCUGCGACAUGCCACGAAAGGCCAGUGCUGAGCCAAUGGUCACCAACACCGUCGACAAGUUCGUUCACGCACUGCUCUGGUUAUACCAAAAGUUCCUCUAG